CACAUGGCAAUGGUGGCGGCCGGCAGUGCACGCGGCGGCGGGUGGUGGUAGUGGCAGCUGCCGGUGGCGGUCGGAGUCCCGCGGGAUAGCUCCUUCCUUCUCCCCCUCUCUCCGUCCUGGGGCUGCAGAGCUCGGUGAAAAUGAAGGCCAGGAAAAGAGGGAGAUUCAGAUCUUCUUUUAAGUUGAAAGAAAAAGGCAUUGAAGUACUAGGACAAUGGAAAACUGUGCAAAUCGACCCAAAUCUAUUUGCUGAAGAGGAGUUUAAAAAUAUAGUAUGUUUGGAGGAACUUACAGACUACAGGCAAGUAAGUUCUUCCAAAGUGGGAAAAGUAAAAGAGAAGAGAAAGGCUGAGAGUGUUUCAGAAGAAGGUAAUGAGGAGGAGGAAGAACCUGUCAUCCCUCCCAAAAAGAAGAAGAAAACCAAAGAUUUGAGAAGCAAGAUGGAUGAAAGUGAUGAUGCUACCGCAGCAGAAUUUGGUGUGCCAGUUGAUAAAGAGGCAAAGCAUAACAAAACAAUCAAAUUGGUAGAUGAUGAUGACCAUGGACAUCUGGCAGAGAAUAUGUCAAGCACAAAAGAUGCUCCAAAGAAAAAGAAAAAGAACGUAGCCAAAAAUAAGGCUUCUCAAGCUCAGCAAGCUCUUUCCUUGGUACCUACUUCUAAAAAAGUUAAAAACUGGACAACAGAAGUUUUGUCUGCUUCAGCUGAUCGCAAAGCAGAUGUGUCUGCAUGGAAAGACCUCUUUGUGCCUGAACCAGUGUUGCAGGCCUUGAGUUACCUGGGGUUUAGUGCUCCAACUCCUAUUCAGGCCUUAGCCUUGCCUUCUGCCAUCCGGGAUAAUAUGGAUGUUCUUGGUGCUGCAGAAACAGGAAGCGGCAAAACGCUUGCAUUUGCAAUUCCAAUGAUUCAUUCUGUGCUGCAGUGGCAAAAAUCAAAUAGCUCAACAACCAGAAAUGACAGUGUUUCUAAAGACUCUCAUCAGCAUCAUGAUGAAACGAGCUGGGAAAAUGAGAAUGAGGCAGAAAAACUAACCCAUCAGCAUGCUGAAGAUGGUGGAGAUGAAGAUGAUGCAUCUUUCACAACAGGUUGUGUGAAGGUGCUGGAAAAUUUUGAAUUUGAUUCGGGUGACGAGACUCAUACUGUUGAUUACCAUAAGAAGAGGCCACUUUUAGGACUGGUCCUUACGCCCACAAGAGAAUUAGCUGUACAAGUAAAACACCACAUUGACGCAGUUGCAAAGUUUACAGGCAUUAAGACUGCAAUUAUAGUUGGAGGCAUGGCUGCACAGAAGCAAGAACGUGUGCUGAAUCGAAAGCCAGAAAUUGUAAUUGCAACCCCAGGCCGCCUGUGGGAGUUAGUUAAAGAGAGACAUCCACAUCUUUCAAAUCUUCGGCAGCUCAGGUGCCUUGUGAUUGAUGAAGCAGACAGAAUGGUUGAGAAAGGUCACUUCUUAGAGCUGUCUCAGUUGCUGGAAAUCUUAAAUGAUUCACAGUAUAACCCUCAGCGACAGACUUUUGUUUUUUCUGCCACUUUGACCUUAGUCCAUUUGACUCCCACAAGAGUUUUACAGAAGAAGAAUGCCAAAAAGAUGGACAAGAAGACCAAACUAGAAUUGUUAAUGGAAAAAAUAGGAAUAAAGGGCAAACCCAAAGUAAUAGACUUAACAAGAAAAGAGGCUACUGUUGAGACACUGACAGAAACCAGAAUCCACUGUAAUACAAAUGAGAAGGACUAUUAUCUGUAUUAUUUUCUUCUUCAGUAUCCAGGAAGAACCAUGGUCUUUGCGAACAGCAUAGACUGUGUGAAACGCCUCAGUUCUCUCCUCACAAUCUUAAAUUGUGAUCCUCUUCCUUUGCACGCCAAUAUGCACCAAAAGCAAAGGCUGAAAAACCUGGAAAGGUUUGCUGAGCGAGAGAGCUGUGUCCUCCUGACAACAGAUGUUGCAGCUCGCGGCCUUGAUAUUCCCAAUGUGCAGCAUGUCAUCCACUACCAGGUCCCUCGUACUUCUGAGCUGUAUGUGCACCGAAGCGGCAGGACAGCUCGAGCUGCCAAUGAAGGCCUCAGCCUGCUGCUUAUUGGCCCAGAUGACUUAAUCAAUUUUAGGAAAAUCUAUAAGACAUUGGAGAAAAGUGAAGAACUGCCAUUUUUCCCAGUUGAAACUAAGUGCAUGACUUCUAUCAAGGAGCGGGUGAAUUUGGCAUGGCAGAUUGAGAAGGCAGAAUUUUUCAACAGUCGUGCAAAGCAACACAACUCUUGGCUCCAGCAAGCUGCAGAGGCUCUUGAGAUUGAUCUUGAUGAUGACAUGCUUAUGGGAAGAAAAACUAGUGAAGAAGAAGAAAGCCAGAAGCAAAAGAUGUUGAAGGGGAUGAAAAAACAAUUAAAACAUGCAUUGUCCCAGCCACUGUUUAAAGUUCUUAUGAAAACCAAGUACCCAACACAGUCUGGAAAACUACUUCUGCCUCAGACAUCAGUGAGCAUUUCAGAAUCUGCUCUGGGUACCGUGUCCAAACAAAAAGCCAAGAAGAAGAAAUCAAUAAAAUUAAUUUAGGUAACUGAGUGGGAUCACUUAGUGUGAUGGAAGCAAGGACAAUCCUUAUCAAGGCUGUCAGUGCUUAUGGAGGAACUCACCUGAAAGACACGUAGUAUCAGAGGAUAUUGCCUGUGUCUUGGUUGUGCAGGCACAAAGCAAAAUGUUGACUUAAAGGGCUCUGUUAACAUGCAGGUGGUUACAGUUGAAUCUUAUCUUGAAUCCUGUUUUCUUUUUUUUUU